GCCACACACAACAGUUGCUCUUCUUCUUCUUCUUCAGUGUCCGAGGCUCAGCAGUGGUAGCACAUCAUGGCAGACAACCUCAGCAAGCAGCCACGGAAGGGCAUACUCAAGAAUUCCUCGAGUUUUGAAGGGAACGAGAGACAAAGAGAGAAGGGUACAAAAUGGGACGAAAUGAACAUCUUGGCGACGCUCCACCCCAAGGACAAAGACUACGGCCACAUGAAGAUCGAGGAGCCCAAGACGCCCUACGCCAAGUACAGCGAAGGGGACUCCGGGGACGAACAUGAAGGGCUUGACGCUGACCUGCUAGCCAGAAAAAUUCAACUGGGAGGCAAUGAACUUCCCAAGGCACUGGUUGAGCCUGAAGAUGAGGACUCGAGUGAUGAUGAAGACAUCAGCCCUGAAGAAAGAGAAAAGAGGAAAAUAUUUGAAAUGAAGAGAAAGCAGCACUACAAUGAGUACUACGCCGUGAAACUCGCCCGGAAGCUAAUGGAAGACGAUGAUGAGGAGGACGAAGACGAUUGCGAAGAGGACGAGAGCAAAAAGUCCACAGGUAAAGAUGAGGGAGUGAGUACAAAUGAUGAGAAAGACACAAACAUGGAGGAGGUGAUAGAGGGUGACGAUGCAAGGUCAGGAGGUCACAGUGAAAAGAUGGCAGUGGUGGGGGAGGAGCAGGAGGUCAGCGAGUUAGGCUCCUAAAGCCAUGUACAGAAGGGAAGAAGACAAGCUGUAAAACCUGAAAUAUUUGUAGCACUUCCUCCUUCGGCAGAAAUGGCAAUCCCUGCAGUUCGACAGUUACCAUUAUGAAUACUACUGCUCAUAUAUAUAGUCUAGUUUCCAUCAAGGUAGAAGAGAGUAGACAAACCCAACUAUCAUUUGAUACCGUGUCUAUCUAGUAUAUUUUUUCUCUUAUUCAUAGGUCUCAGCAAAAGGAUCCGCUGUGUGAUUUUAUAAAGUUUCUCUUCCCAUAGUCUGCAUAAACUCUUGAGCGAACUGUUCACCCAGCAUCCAUGACAGUGAAUCACAUACAUUUGGAACACAGCCAGUCGUCAGUUUACACCUUUUUGGGUUUUUGUCUGUGUUUUAAUUGAAUGUUUGUCAUUGUCAUUAUGCUCUGUUUUUCCUCCUCAUCACUUGUCGCCUUGAUUCCUGUCCCUGCUGAAAGGAACGUUUCCUAAUGAUCGGCACCAAACCAUAUCAGUUGAAUGUAAUCAGUGUUAUCAGAAUAGUUAAAUUCCGUUUACUUAACUUGCCUAAGGUAUGUUUGCUGCUACCUAGCUGCGUCUCCGAAAUGCACGAGAGUAAGACAAGUUGAACAGUCAGUGUACAUAGUGCGUGUAGGCUGCAAGCUUGAGGAUCACAGUAUUCAGUGUAGAUUGGCGACUCGCUGUGCACCAGAGCCUCAGAUCUAUUUUAGUUUUUUUAGUGUUUGUUAUUUUCUUGUCAGAGUACUUCUCAUUAGCGAAGACUUUUGUGUGUUAAAGAUGUAUGGCAGACUGCAUUUUGCCAAAAUUUUCAUCAGGGAUCUCAUCUGAAGACAGGAGUACCUUCCAAUCAUGUUGGAAAGUGUCACAAAGCUAUGUUGGUCUAGCUUGUUGCUGAGUGCUGAAACUAAUUUUAGAUGGUUAGUGAAAGUAUUUUUGUCAAAGUUUUAUAGAGCCAUUGCAUGUAGUGAUGUAAGUUUAGAUUUUUUGGUUUAUUUAUUUAUCUGAAAAUAAACCUGCAGUGUUGCCACUGGUGAGUCAUCACCAGUGUUGCCAUAUAUUGUUCCAGAGUGUUCCAUGUUAUAACCACAUAUCACCUGAGCACAGCUUGUUUGGGUUACAAAUGUUUUUUGUUACCUGGCAUUGAAAUGUUGAUUCAUUUCACUUCAGUGCUGGCUUUACCCAUUCAAUUGAUUUCAGCACACUUAUAAUGCUAUCUAACAAUUGAGGCGUCUAGUGCUCAAGGGGCGAACAAGCCAAUUACCUAGUUUUGAGCUACAGGAACGUUAAAAAAAAAUCAAGCAUUGCAACAACAUAAUGAAAAACACACAUAGCAAUAUCAUCGUACAUCAAUAUAAAGUUUUCAGUUAGACAUAUUCAAUGGAAUGAGUGUUUGCGUGAAAAUGUGUUAAUUAUUAAAAAAAAACAUGUAAGGGUGUUUUUUUAUUAAUGCAUGUUUAAUAUCUGAUUUAAUCCAAACUCAGAAAAUUAAAAGAACAUGAUGUAACUAACAGCCAGUUUAAAUUUCAAAACAAUUUCCAUAUUUAGGUGUUUUAUGAGUGUUUUACUAGUAGCUGAUGUUUAACUGAGUUUCAUUAAAGCAGAAUAACUUGCACAAACUUCAAAGUGUACUGUAUCAAAAUUUGAAAGCUUUUAAAUUAAAUAAUAACAUGGG